AUGCUAUCUCUGCACCUUGCCGCGCGGUUGAAACCGAACCCGGGUGUACAGAGCCAAGGACCAUUCCUCAAAUUCACAGCCUGGAUUACCAGUUCUACUACGAGUACCAAGACAUAUACAUUCAAGGACAAGCGAGAAGCAAACAUGAUGUCGACAUUUACGAUCCCAGGAUCAUCAUCCAUACGUGUCAACACGGCGUCAGAUAUUUCCCAGGAUGAAUUACUUGCUUUCCCUGCCUUUAAAACUUGGAUGUCGACACUGCAGCACUCCCUGGAGAUGCAGAAACUCCCGUCCCAUGAAUUUCAUGCAGACCCGUUCGUGCUUCGCCGGAUUGAUAUUCAGGCGGUUGAUCGGUUUGGGGGGAAGAGAUUGGGAUUCGUUAAAAUGAGGGCUGAUGUGUCGAAUUCAAAAGGUGAAAGUUUGCCUGGCAGUAUCUUUUUACGAGGAGGUAGUGUGGGAAUGUUGCUCAUCCUCCAACCAGAUGAUUUACCUGCUGAGCAAGAAAAUGGAAAAUGGGCUAUCCUAACCAUCCAACCUCGUAUCUCUGCUGGAUCCUUGGCUUUUGCAGAAAUUCCAGCAGGGAUGUUAGAUGACAGCGGGACCUUUGCGGGCGGUGCUGCCAAGGAAAUUCAAGAAGAGACUGGGUUAUCUGUACAGCAAAAUGAGCUCAUUGAUAUGACUGCCUUAGCUCUGCAGUCAGAGUCGGAGUCCGAAGAGAAUGAGUCUCUUCAGAAGGCUGUUUACCCUUCUGCUGGGGGUAGCGAUGAAUUUAUUCCUUUGUUUCUUUGCCAAAAGCGGAUGCCGCGACAUGAGAUCGAAGCGCUUCAGGGUAAAUUGACAGGAGAGAGGGAUCAUGGAGAGAAGAUCACAUUGAAGAUUGUUCCGUUGGAGAAUUUGUGGAAGGAGGGAAUACGAGAUGGGAAGACGUUAGCUGCGUGGGCACUUUACCAAGGACUGCAACAAGAAGGGAGGAUUUAA